AUGGCUGCUCAUUGUCAAGGAGGAAGUGAUAUUCUGCCUAUCCAUUUCUUCAAGACCAUUCUUGAAACUAAUCUUCAAAGGCUUAAAUUACCCAACAAGUUUGUAAUGAGAUAUGGAGGUGAAUUGCCAAAUCCAGUGUUUAUGAAGCCUAUGGAUGGCACUGAAUGGGAAGUGUACUGGGCAAAUCAUAAUGGCGAGAUCUGGUUUGAGAAAGGGUGGAAAGAUUUUGCUGAGUAUUAUUCCCUAGAUCAAGGACAUUUCAUUUUCUUUAAAUAUGAAGGAACUUCCCAUAUUGAAGUACUCAUACAUGACCAAAGUGCUCUAGAAAUAGCUUAUCCUUCUGCUAGCACUCGUGAUGAAAAGGACACUCCAGACAACAACAGUGAGGAUGAGUGUCCAGAUCAAAAGGCUACACAAAUAGCAGGUGAGAAGGGCACUCGAAAAAAAUCGUUGAACUGGCCACUAGAACCUAGAGCACAGGAAGUAGCAAGCAAUUUCAUGUCACGCAAUCCGUUUUUCACAGUUUUCUUGAAGCCUUUACAUGUGACAGGAUACCAGCUGCAUGUACCAUAUUUGAAAGACAUUAUUGAUAUGAAGGAAAAGUAUGUGGUGGCGCUGCAGCUUGGGAAAAGAUCAUGGAAUGUAAAGUUGAUCCCUUAUCACGACUUUCGUGCACACAAGUUCUCUGGUGGCUGGUCCUUAUUUGCAAAGGAAAAUAAAUUGCAACCUGGAGAUGUUUGUGUAUUUGAACUGAUUAACAUGGAGGAUUUAGUUUUUAAAGUUCAUGUUUUCAAACAGCAGAGCUAA